AUGGCGGCCCGUCCGCUUGUAACGGUUUAUAAUGAUAAAUAUGAGGCUACUGAGACACAGAUUAAGCUUCCAGCUGUCUUCCGUGCUCCAAUCAGAAGCGAUGUUGUGAGCUUCAUCCACGAUCAGAUCAGAAAGAACAAGCGUCAAGCUCACGCCGUUUCCACCAAGGCCGGUAUGCAACACUCUGCUGAGUCCUGGGGAACUGGACGUGCUGUUGCCCGUAUUCCUCGUGUCCGUGGUGGUGGUACCCACCGCUCCGGUCAGGGAGCUUUCGGAAACAUGUGCCGUGGUGGUCACAUGUUCGCUCCACUUAAGGUCUGGAGACGCUGGCACCGUCGCGUCAAUGUUGGACAGAAGCGAUUCGCUGUCUGCUCUGCUUUGGCUGCUUCUGGAGUCCCAGCUCUCCUCCAAGCUCGUGGACAUAUCAUCGACAAGAUCGCUGAAGUCCCAUUCGUUGUAUCUGACAAUGUCGAAAGCUUCAGAAAGACCAAGGAGGCUGUUUCUUUCCUUCGUAGAUCUCAUGUCUGGGCUGAUAUUGAGAAGGUUCACAACUCCAAGCGUACUCGCGCUGGAAAGGGAAAGAUGCGUAAUAGAAAAUACAAGCAAAAGACCGGACCACUUGUCAUCUAUGGUCAAGACGGUGACUGCGCUCGCGCUUUCCGUAACAUUCCCGGAGUCGAUGUUUUGAAUGUUGAACGCCUUAACCUCCUUAAGCUUGCUCCAGGAGGACAUCUUGGACGUCUCAUCAUCUGGACCGAGAGUGCCUUCAAGAAAUUGGAUGCCAUCUACGGAACCCUUGCUGCUAACUCCUCCCAGACCAAGAAGGGAUGGUCCAUUCCUCUUAAUAAGACCGUCUCUGGAGAUUUCUCCAAGAUCCUCCAAAGUGAAGAAGUCCUUAAGGCCGUUCGCCCAACCGUCAGCCACAACGUGAAGCGCAAGCUCCACAGAAACCCACUCAAGAAGCGCAACCUUAUGGUGAAGCUCAACCCAUACGCUGCUGCUUUGAGACGCCAAGCCAUCAAGGCCGCUGCCAAGAAGUAA